UGGAAGCAGAAAACUUUUCCUCUAUAGAGUUUCCCGUCGCCUAUCAUAAAUACAUUUUUCUGGCACAGUUCGCAGAAUGGACAGAGCAAACAAAGACCGCUGGCCAUAGAAGUGUUUUAACACAGUUUUCGAUUUACGCGUACGUAAUUUAAAAAAUGGAAAAUCUAAUCGUGGUGCGUGUUAAGUGUUUGAGAUGAAAAUUUCUACCCUGCUGGACUAAUGUUGGGCUAGGAGGAAAGAAAGUGAGCGAUCUGUGAGCCGAAUGCAGCAAGGAGUAAAGGAAAACGAUGAAAGGGGAAUAGUUCUCGGAAAAGUUGUUCGCUUUUCCCAAAUGCUGUUGCUGCCGCCUGUGUUACUGCUGCGUGUGCCGUCGUCGUAGACGCUGGCCACAAAAAAUCUUGUUCACAUCAUCAGCAACUAAACGACGACGACGACGCGAGAAACGGAAGCUAUUUAUAGAACUAACGCAUCUAUGCCUGCUGCUGGCCGCAACUCCAAAGGAAAUAAUACUAGCUGCAGAAGAAACGUACCGCCUGCUGCUGCCACUGCUUUUUUUAUUUGGUUGGAACAUCAGACAUUUUAUCACCUCUUCCUUCCCCCGUGCUGAUGAGAGUAGAUCAGGGAGGAAAGUACACAAAGGAAGCCGCUACUAACAUGACGUCAUGUCAACAUUAUAGCAGCAACUUCACGCAUGGUGUAAUAUAAAACCGAAGUUCCAGCUCACUGAAGAAAGUUUGGUCCACGGGACUGAAGACGAAGAAAAAAAACAUUUUAAUAGCGAUGUCAUAAGGAUAAAACGACUGGUUAGGUGGGAGAAUGUAGUGCAAUAUUCGUAACCAAGUUCUAGUCAUCACAACCAAGUUACGCGACUACACAGCUAGCAAGAAGAGAAAUAUAUACACGCAAAUAUUUAUUUAGUUCUAAGAGAAGAAAGAGAAGUGCAGUAAAAAUCUCACGGCUUUAAGGGAUACGGUGUGUGCAUUUGGUUUGAUUUGCCGUGUGGGAGAAGAAAAGUAAUUUGCCAUAGUGUGCCAUAAAUAAUAGAGUUGCAGAAUUUGCAUUGCGAUUCUUCUCGAGGUAUAUUAGUGGUGAAAAUAGUCUCAUCUAGUGAAGAAAGUGUGUCGCGAGCUGAAAAUACAAAGGGAAUGACAGCCGUGUGUUCCAAGAGCACCGAAUUGCAUAGUUUCCGAUGUUCCAUCUAAACGGCAGCAGAUUGAUUUAUGUUUAGCAGUGCCAGUCAGAUUUUCACGCGUGGUUUUGUGCUGUUGAUGGCAGAAGCAUGCCUAAUACAAACGAAAAUUCACACUCCGGUUCGACCGGUGACGACCUCGGUAGCACGGAUGAGGUGAAAGUGUUCAAAGACGAAGGCGAUCGGGAAGAUGAGAAGGCCUCGUCGGAGAACCUGUUGGAAGAAAAGUUUAACCUGAUUGAUCUGACGGAGAGUGCAGAAAAUCUGGUGAAAAAUUCCUCCCGGCAGGACCUGAGCCCGCCAUAUGCUGGCGGAGGCAGUGGCGGGAGUAGUGCGGGAAAACUAAACUCCCCCGACCACUCACCUGGAUUCAACAUGGGAUACCUGCCGCCUUAUCAGUAUUCAAGUGGAACAGUUAGUGCAAUACAGGGCUCGAUGGGUAAAAUUGGUUUGUCGCAGUUUUUCUGCAAUGAAGACCCACUCUCGAACCCCCCACCAGCUCACUGUGGAAUCAUUCCCUACCAGCUCGAUUCCAAAGCGAUUGGAUUAUCCGCUCGGCAGUCGCUGUAUUCCUUCUCCACUAGUCAGUAUCCUUAUCCCAUACUAUCUUCAAAUAUGCUACCAGUGCCGCCGUCUUGGCAUACACCGUCAAUGUAUUCGACUGCACCCAGCUUCCGAAAUUCCUAUCCCUCCUCUCUCCAAAUCUACACCACUUUAGCUAGCGAUCUCUAUUCACGCUACCAAUCAUCCUCAUUGCUAAAUUCCGUACACCCCCACAACGUGCUCAGCCAGGUAAAGCAGGAAGCUUCGGCAGCGCAGGAAGCAUCCCACAACUAUAGCGUUCGGCAGGCACAUCAUCAUGCGCUGACAGGCAGCAAAUCCACUGAUCUACCACAGGAACUGACGAAUCGCUAUACACGGCCAUCCAACAGCAGUAGUGCCGGCGGUAGCAGUACCAGUUCGAGCAGCGGUGGUACUAAGAAGAAAGGAUCUGGUGCGGCUGGUCAACAGCAAAAUCUUAAACCACAUAUCAAAAAACCUCUGAACGCAUUUAUGCUUUACAUGAAGGAAAUGCGAGCGAAGGUGGUAGCCGAGUGUACACUCAAGGAGUCGGCGGCCAUCAACCAGAUCCUAGGUCGAAAGUGGCACUCACUUUCCCGAGAGGAGCAGAGUGUGUACUACGACAAAGCCCGCCAGGAGCGGCAACUGCAUAUGGAAAUGUAUCCGGGCUGGACGGCGCGGGACAACUACGGCUACGGAGCGAAAAAGAAGCGGAAAGCGAAAAAGAAAGACCAGCUGGGGUCGGAGGCGGCUAGCAGGCGAAAGAAAAUUUGUAUACGAAACGAAGAAUCCGACAACUACGACGGUUCUCGUAUGUCGGACGAGUACAUGGGCAGUUACGGUACCGUAGUGUAAUAUUAAACUGUUUAGCGCCACCAAAGCCCGGCAACAAAUCCCACGCCUACAAGACUUAAAACACACAACAAACCAAACCAAACCAAAAUUGUAACCAGAAGUGUCACGUGAUCCCGCCUAGGUCCAAGGUCUAGUUUUAUACGAUGUACUACUACUACUACUACUACUACUACUGUCUAGAAAUCCAAAUCUCUCAGCGUUACUCUUAAUUUUAGCUAAUUUAUUAUUAUAUUUUGAUUUUUGAAAGUCAUUGUGGGAUGACAAAUUCGCACAAAAAAAAUUGCGAAGGAAGGCGCAAUCGCCGAAGCUUUAAAAAUUUCUGUUGUAAGAAAUCAACCUCCUUACCGAGACUUUUCGUGGCAAGGAGACGUUAUCGUACUUAAUCAUCAACUGCUCGUUUAGGCCGUACUAUACCAAUAAGGUUAUUUUUUGCAAAUUGAUGAGCAAAACAUGCAUGAACUGCAAGAGAGAAGAGUGACGCAGGAAACACAGCGAUUUUUCCCGCCGGUUUGGGGCGGGAUAUUAUGUGACGAAAUACUUAGUAGGUAAAAAAUAACAAUCUGUGGUGUUUUAAAAUAAUUUAAUAUGAAACCAGUGACGAAGGUAUGAAAAUGAUAAGAAUGAGUAUGACAGUCUUUAUGCGUAAGCUUAGAAAUGAAACCAAAAAGGUAUAUAGAUAUAGGUAUAUUAAGUAUUUAGAGGAUAACCAUUUAACUAACGUGUAAGUAAGUGUUAGUAGUAACUUUAAAAAAAACUGAAGUUCAGCAAUAAUGGUAUCAUUUAUGCAAAUGAUGGUUAUUGUUACGAUGGAAAGUGGAUAAAAACAGGGAAUGAAAUAGGACACUGACAUUGUUUGCUGAAAGAUUUAAAGGACAAUUCGUUUCCGCCAGGACAAUUAGGAUCUCUUUUGAGGUGGGAAUAGUUUGAAACAAAGAAGGAAAUAUUGUAUCGUUAAUACGAUAUCAAGCGAGGGGAAUUAUAUGAUUUAUUUUCAGGAAGUUUAUUAUCUUCCUUCAUAAACGAGCUUAUAGGAAAAUUAUGGUACUACUUGAGCGGAAAUGAAUUGUUAUUUUAUCACUCUUGAACUCGCAUGUAAAUUUCGGGUGGUAUCGGUUCUCCCGUUGUCCGCGCUUCGCAGUCGUCGAUCGCUAACCAUAAUCGUCAAGGAGAGAGUCAUUUUGCUGUUACUGCUGCUGCUACUGCUGCCGAGGGAAAACGAUUGCAUUGAGAUGUUUUGACGCAAAAGCGUCUCUUACGGUAUGUUUUGUGUUCAUAUUCCAGUCGAAAUUGAACCAGCUUGUUCAGCUCUGCAUUCACGCUGAAGUACUUUGGAUCCUUGAACACCCCAAGUUGUAGCUCCUUGAUCUGACAUUUUAGGCACCUUUCUCAACCCCACGUCAACC